ACUGUCUUCAUUUUAUGACACAAUAAAGUUUAGGUUAUUUUAUAUUUAAAAAAAAGGACAAUGCAUUAGUUAUAGCUUUCAUGAAAGGUAAAAUAUGAGUAAAAAACGUACAAUAAAUAUCGCACUUGUUGGUCAACAUCAUGGAAAAAUUGAUAUCGAACGAGUGGGUUUCUUUAGCGAUCCACUGCCGGGUUCCUUUGAUGUUUAUCAAGAGCCUAUACAAUUUCGUGAAAAUGUUGCCAAAGGGAGCCAAAUUCUCAGCGGACCUCGUAUUCAAUUAUUCAAAAAGAAAUAUGAGCGAAUUUUUGAAGGAGAGGCACUUACGGAGUCAUGGCGCGACGAGGCGAGGCAACGGAUAAUAGACGAAAAAAGAAAGAUCGGUGGUCACAUGCUACCGACAUCCCCAUCGAAGAAGCACUCGACGCCCGGAGACUGGUACGGAUGCUUUUCUAAAUCUUCUUAUUUUAGUCUGUUGUCGAAAGAAAAAGAGAGAAAAAAGACGCCAUUUCUACCUAAUAUGAAGAUCAAGCCCAAUCCGCUUGGCGGCCCAGGAUACGCGAAUAUUUGCUUAAAUCCUUAUCCAUCAUACUCUCACGAGCCUUACGAUCGCAUUGAAAGAGUAGUUGGUAAAAAAAUGGUGUCUGAAGGCCGAUUCUUGACGACUAGUGCGCCGUUGGAUUAUUUCCCCCCCAAUCCUUACAAGGAUGAGGAACCAGGGCCCACUUACAUCCGUCCGGUCGAGAUUGCAAGGAAGACACUCGGUACGGCGCGAUUCUACGUCCCUUUUCCCAAGAAACCCGGCGGAAGUCACGAUGGUUGCUUCAGCAAGUUUCCAGAGUACACGAGCGAUCCUUAUGUUAAGGCUAAGGAUAAAGCUGCCGUUCAGCCCAAGUUUAUAAGCGGUGGACCGUUUCUACGUUCGAAAUAUACGAACAGUAUUAUCGAGCAGAUAACGAAAAUAUCGUGCAACGCUCGCAAUUAUCCGGAAUAUCGGGAACGAGCAUAUCCUAUGCACUGAGAAAAUCUUUCUAAUUGCACGGAAAUUGAACUC